UCGAAGAAUAAGUAGGCUACGCUGGCACAUAAACAGAACAGACAAAUUAAAACAAUGAAACUUGUUUGACAAGUAUGAAUGACGAUGUGAAACUUUUAAAGGCAGGGCUAAGAUCAGAUGUCUUUUAUUGAUGAUACGAGACGCGCGGAAGAGGGCUGGGAUUUAACUUUUGGAGUGUCCAUUUUUUUUAUUUGGACCGACGUCAACACCAGUAACGAAUGGACCUCCAUCAAUUUAAACAAAGUAUCGAUCAGAAGUCGGUAGGAUUUGGUCAUAUCAGUUAGAUAUAAUGCGCUUUUUAAUAGUCACGUUUUGAUUGUUUUGACGAUGAAGAGCUCACGGAACGCCAACAAUGUGACAGUUUAAUAUCUACUGUGAACUUUAUUUAACUACAUCAAGUUACUUAACUACAGCAAUAUGACGAUAUCUGUUUUGUUUUUGUGCUUGUUUGUGGACGGUGUGUUUGGUGUUGAAACAGUUUCAGGGAUGGAAGGACAAAAUGUCACUCUAUACACUCAUGGGUCGGACAUACAGACAGCUGAUCUGAUUUUGUGGGUGUUUGUAUCUAAAAGCACGCGUAUAGCUCAAAACAACAUAGCAGCUCGUAAGAUCUCAAUAUAUGAUGACGUUCUUGACGGAAGAUUCAGACACAGACUGAUGCUGGACCGUCACACUGGAUCUCUCACCAUCACAAACAUCAGAACCACAGACUCUGGACUUUAUGCACUACAAAUCGUCAGAGGAACGGACGUCAAUUCAAGGAGCUUCAGUAUUAUUGUUUCUGCUCAUCUGCCUUUUCCUCACAUCACCAGCGACUGUCCACAAAACUCUUCAUCGAUCUCAAAAUGUGUGUUGUUGUGUUCAGUGAUGAAUGUGACACGUGUGAGUCUCUCCUGGUACAAAGGAAAGAGUUUAUUGUCCAGCAUCAGUGUGUCUGAUCUCAACAUCAGACUCUCUCUACCUCUGGAGGUGGAAUAUCAGGACACAAACACAUACAGAUGUGUCGUCAACAAUCCCAUCUCAAACCACACACAACAUCUCAACAUCACUCAACUCUGUCACAAGUGUUCAGAGUUCUCAGGUGUGGGUGAAGAACAGGUCCUACUUUCACAGCUUACAGUCCUGAUGGGUUCUCUUGUUGUUGCUGCUCUUGUGGUCGGUGCUGCAGGGAUGAUCUUCUGCAUCUACAAGAGAUUGAAAAAAACAGAUCAACAUGGCCUGGCUUCUGGAGAAGAAAAUAUAAAGCUAAAUGGUAAAAGGAAGACAGAAACAGAUGGAGUAAAGUACAUCAAAGUGAAAGCAGGAGAACCUGUCCAACUGGACACUGGCGUUACAGACAUACAAAGAUUUGAUCUGAUACAGUGGAAGUUUGGGAAAUUAGGUGACGCCACUAGCCCAUUCAUUCCCAUAAGUCGAAUAAAUAAAAACAAUGAAGAAUUACAAAAAAAUGAUGUCAUUGAGAAAUUGGGAGACAGACUGAAUGUUAUUGGAGAGACUAGAUCUAUAACCAUUGAGAACAGCAAAACCACAGACACUGGACUUUAUAAACUCGAAAUCGACAGCACCACAGAUCAGAUCUGCAAGUCUUUCUUUGUUACUGUCAGCGAGUAGUUUAAGUCUUUGUUAAUGUAAUAGUCAAUCAUGUUUGUUAUUAUAUCACUGCGGUGUACACAGCUUGCUGUGAUAUUAACAUGAGAUUUGCCAAAACUUGCACAUAAUUGUCGAAAUCAAAUUGGUAAACUGACCGAUUGUGAAUGUCUGAUCAUUGCAGCUGAUCACAAGUCCAAUGGUGUGGUUUGAUGUAACACAAAAACACAUAAAAUGUCAUCCCACAAUGCAUCAGCAAUGACAUUAAUGGUUAAAAUAAUACUGCGCAGGACACUACAGUGCAAUGGAUUAACAUUUAUGCAUUUGUCUUUUAUCAGUAUGUGUGUUCCCUCAAACCCACAACCUUUGCAUUUGUGCACCUAUUGAUGUCGAGGUUUUAAGUGAAGUAUUUCGUAGUUUGGCUUUAACUAAUGUAGAUAUACAUUUUAAUGUACUCCAAAUAUGAUAUACUUGUGCUAUUCUUUUCAUUAUAUAACUAUAUAAUUGUAAAAGUUAACUGUUAAAUUGUUAACUAUAUAAUUGUAAUAUGGCAGGUUCUGUCAUUCAUAUCAACACUUGUUAUUUAUAAUAACAAAUGUUUGGGCUUUGGAAGCAAUGUGCGUGCUAUACAGAUGUCAUUUUGUAAUUGUUUUAACUUGUUACAUUUUUAAAACAAAUUUCUAAUCUGAUUGUAAUGUACAGACUGAUCUGUUUUUAUAAACAAACUUAAGCUUACCACCUUGUUUCUCUGUCUGACAUGUGUGUCACUGUACAUUUAAAGACAUAAAACAACAGUAAAGCAGGCAAAUGUUAUGACAAGUAACACCGAAUUCAGAGAAACUGAGGACUCGACUCAACAAGCAUCCUCUCACUGUCUAAUCUCUACUGCCCC